CUCCAUGGAAACGGCGCGCCACUUGGCGAGAUUUACGAGCAAAUUAAUCGCGGACUGAUCAGAGAGCAGUGGUUCAGUUGUUAUCAAAACGCUACUGCCUGUAGUUGACUACUGUAGUUGACUAGUUAACUAGCUUACCUGCCUAGUUACUUGCCUCCUAAACGCUACUGUAGCUAGUUAACUAGCUUUUCUGCCUUGUAGCUUUUCUUCAAUACUGGAUCGCAUGACCACUCUUUAUUCUGCCGUUAUGAGCCGAACUCCAGAUGCAAGGGCUAGAGACAGCCAGACCAAACAGAUCCAACAAAGUAUCACCAAUGUGGAGAAGCACUUUGGAGAGAUGUGCCAGCUGUUCGCAGCCUACGUGCGUAAAACGGCGAGGUUACGUGAUAAAGCAGACCUACUAGUCAAAGAAAUUCGCAUCUAUGCAGAAACAGAAACGCCACAUCUGCAAAGAGGUAUGAAACAGUUUGCAGACAACCUUGCCAAAGUUCAAGAUUAUCGUCAAGCAGAGGUGGAGAGACUUGAAGCCAAAGUUGUAGAGCCUUUGAAAAGCUAUGGGAAUGUUGUGAAGAUUAAAAGGGAGGACUUGAAGACCACCCAGAGUGCCAGAAACCGGGAGUAUAAACAGAUGCAGCAGCUGGAGAAGAUGAGACAGAGAAACCCCUCUGACAGACAGACCAUUUCCCAGGUGUGUGCUGUCAGGUCUCUGGGCCUCUGGUACCGUAUGACAAUGGCGGAAAGUGACCUGCAGAGGGCAACGAUGGAUGCCGCGCGGACGACACGACAGCUGGAGGAGAACAUAGACGUGUUCCAAAAGCAUAAAAUACAAGAUAUCAAGAAGAUCUUCGGGGAGUUUCUGACGGUGGAGAUGUCAUUCCAUGCCAAGGCGUUGGAAGUGUACACCGCGGCUUUCCAGAACAUCCAGGGCAUAGAUGAAGACGAGGAUCUGGAGGUUUUCAGGAGUUUGCUGCACCCUCCUGAGUACCAGUCUCGUGUUGAAAUAGUGCGCGCUAAUUCCAAAACAUCCCUUGAUCGGACUUCAUCUACCCUGAGUAGACCUGGGACCUUACAGCAAUCGAGGACACCAAGCAGACAAAGGAGACGAGAGGAAGAAGAUGAAGAUGACGAAGAGGAAGAGGAAGAUGAUCUUGAAGAUGUUACAGAUGAGGAAGAUGAAUAGAGCUCUUUAGCUGUGUAUCUUUUCAUUCAUCAUUGAACUAUAGAAUACAGUGUAUUCUUUGUGGCCAUUAACUGAUGUUCAUACAACCUUUCCAUAUGAUUCCCUGUUCCCUGCCUGGCGCCCUUCUGACCAGCAACCACAGGACUAUGUACUUACCGUAAGACCUCAGGUCUGUAUAGUCACUAUAGGAUCACAGGACUAUGUACUUACCAUAAGAUCACAGGACUGUAUAGUCACUAUAGGAUCACAGGACUAUGUACUUACCGUAAGAUCACAGGACUGUAUAGUCACUAUAGGAUCACAGGACUAUCUUGUCACUACUGGCGCCUCAGGACGAUAAACUAGGGACAGUAGAUUGUCUGGUCUAAGGUUUGGCAGUAGGUUUUGGGGAUGUAGGUGUCAUUUUGGAAGUGUACAUAAUAUUUCUGUACAUUUAUUUUAUCACAGCAGCCAUGGUGAAUUGUAGUUAUUUUGGCUAAUUAUUUAGUUUACAUAACAAACAUUUUAAUAUCCAAUUCAUUGAAAGCUUUAAAUGCAAACUGAUUAAAGGGUUGUAUGCCUCAGCCUUUGAAAUGUGGCAUUAUUAACGUAUAACCAUUUGUAAUGUGACAGUAUUAAUGUACCAACUUUUUUUAAAUAUGAAAGUGCCAAAUGUACUGUAUAUUUGGUUUUGUGGUAAUGUUGUCUGUUAAGCCUUGCAGAAUAGUUAACUGUUUUAAUUUUUUUAUGGAAUAAAGUCAUUCCAAAGAAUUCAACAAUUUAAUUCAAACACAAAUCAAAAGA